CUAUCAUCUCCCCUUCUCUCCCGCUGACUCCUUCCGGUGGUUGGCGAAAAACCUCCUCAAUUCGUUUCUUGGCGUCAAUGGAUUUAGCCCCUUUUAUGGUCUGCUUUCCAUUCAUUCCGGCGAUCGGAAGUCGGCGUUAUGCACCGACUCCCCCACUCAACCCACCCAUCGGCUCCUCACACCCUUCUGACCCCUUCGGAAUUCAUUCGUAGCGGCAAUGAGGCAUAUUACGGCAUGGUUGGGGCGCAAUGGAUGGCAGCCCUCUCCCAAUCGUGACUCGAUUCAAGAUUGCCUCAUCCAAAGGUCAUCUUCUCGGUCCCAACGUUCGGAUUCGAGGUGGGGUGUCAAGGAUGUAGUAGCACGAUUCUUGGGGAGGAUCUUUCCUCAAACCCAAAUAAGCAAGCUUCCGCCUGAAGGUGGGUCUGAAGAGAAAGAGAAGGUCAUCACUUGGUUGAGGAGUCUGGCUCUAACCGAGAGGGACUUGGCUUUUGAAUAUGUCAAUUCGACAGAAAGAGGCCUGAGCUUCAAGGAAGCCGCAAGGAGAUUGAAGGAGAACGGCCCAAAUAUUGCAUUUGAACACACAUUUUCGAGCUGGUGGCAGCUCCUUUGGCGUGCAUUUUUUCAUCCAUUCAAUGUUCUUCUGUUAGUCCUGUCAGCCGUCUCCUUCAUAGCAGGUGAUACUGCAAACGGAUCUAUUAUGCUUGUGCUGGUGUCCAUUAGUGUUGGCCUUCGAUUUUUCCAGGAGUUCAACAGUUUAAAGGCUGCAAUCAAGCUUUCAGAGCUCUUAAAAACUCCAGUCAGAGUUCAGAGAUGUGCUGGCAGAGUUGUUCAAACGGAGUUAAUAGUACAAAUUGAACAGAAAGAUGUGGUACCUGGUGACAUUAUCCAUUUCAGUCCUGGUGAUCUUUUUCCAGGCGAUGUUCGAUUAUUAAAUUCCAAAGAUCUGGUUGUAAGUCAGUCAUCACUUACUGGAGAAUCAGGUACUGUGGAAAAAAUAGCAGAUAUCAGAGAAGGACUAACCACUCCCGUACUUGAGUUGAGGAACAUCUGCUUCAUGGGAACAAGUGUUGCUUCUGGUUCUGGUACCGGCUUAGUCAUCUCUACUGGACCUAAAACUUACAUAAGUACCAUAUUUUCCACACUGGGCAAAUGGAAAACACCAGAUGCCUUCGAGAAAGGUGUACGGCAUGUUUCGUAUGCACUUGUUUGCUUUAUGCUGGUUAUAGUCCCUAUUGAGGUAUUUGUGGAUUAUUGUUCAUCAAAUAAGUUAAGUCAAAGUAUCAUUUUUGGUAUGUCCGUUGCUGUGGGGCUUACACCACAAAUGCUUCCUCUUAUUGUUAACACGAAUCUAGCCAAGGGAACACUUGCCAUGGCCAAGGACAGGUGUUUAGUCAAAAGUUCUGUUGCAAUACAAAACAUGGGAGCCAUGGACAUACUGUGUAUGGAUAAGACCGGAACUCUGACAAUGGACCGUGCAAUACUGUUUCACCACAUAGAUGCUUGGGCAGUGCCUAGAGAAAGGAUUUUGCAUUUUGCAUUCCUAAGUUCCUACUUCAAGACAGUACAACAGAACCCCAUAGAUCAGGCCAUCUUGGCAUACACCUAUACAGGAGGAUACAGGUUUGAACCAUCAAAAUGGACAAAGAUAAAUGAGAUCCCAUUUGAUUUUACACGAAGAAGAGCCUCUAUUAUACUCGAGGGAAAUACAAGCAACAUACUCACAGUUGACUUUCAGGGUUUAGCAGUUAAAAGACUGAUGAUAACAAAAGGAGCACUUGAUGAAUUACUAAGUAUCUGUACUUUUAUUGAGCAUAUUGAGAGCAGUACAACAGUUGCACUUGAUCCAAUGGAGCGUCAAAGAAUCCUAAAUACAAGUGAAGAACUGGGUAAUGAAGGAUUAAGAGUUCUCGGGAUAGCAGCAAAAGCAUUAAGAUUGGAAAUGAACAAUACUAAAGAAGAUGAAUCGGACAUGGUUUUUUUGGGUUUUCUGUGCUUCUAUGAUCCCCCUAAAGAUACAGUUAAACAAGCUCUUUGGUGCUUAGCAGAGAAAGGUGUAAAGGCCAAAGUACUAACUGGUGACUCCCUUCCUCUUGCAAUCAAGGUAUGCAAAGAGGUUGGCAUCCGCACCACCAAUGUUAUCACAGGGCCUGAUUUAGAAAUGCUCGACCAGGAUGCAUUUGAUGAGAUGGUCAAGAAAGUAACUGUUCUUGCUCGACUGACACCCACCCAAAAACUUCGUGUUGUCCAAUCUCUGAAGACAUCAGGAAAUCAUAUUGUUGGAUUUUUAGGAGAUGGAAUAAAUGACUCCUUGGCCUUGGAAGCUGCUGAUGUAGGAAUAUCAGUUGAUUCUGGAGCAUCAGUUGCUAAGGAUGUUGCUGACAUAAUUCUGCUUGAGAAGGAUCUCAAUGUGCUUGUUGCAGGAGUUGUACGUGGAAGGAUCACUCAUGGAAAUACAAUGAAAUAUAUAAAAAUGUCUGUUGUAGCAAACAUAGCUAGUGUUAUAUCGCUGCUUGUUGCUACUGUGUGCUUACCAUUUGAACCAUUAAGCCCCACACAGAUUUUGACUCAGAAUCUUCUUUAUAAUGUGGGUCAGAUCCUAAUACCAUGGGAUAAGAUGGAUGACGAGUAUGUGAGCAGACCCCAUAGAUGGUCGGCCAAGGGCAUAUUGUUAUUUAUGAUAUGGAAUGGACCUGUAAGCUCUAUUUGUGACAUUGGUACCUUUCUUUUUCUAUGUUGGUACUACAAAGCAAAUACUUAUUCCAUGAUGAAUUUUUUUCACUCUGCAUGGUUUCUCGAGGGCCUUCUGAUGCAGACACUUAUCAUCCACCUGAUCCGGACGGAGAAAAUUCCUUUUGUACAAGAGACAGCAUCAUGGCCUGUUAUCCUGUCCACUGUUUUAGCUUCUGUCAUAGGAAUUGCAAUUCCAUUUACUCCUAUAGGAAAGGUAAUGGGUUUCACAAUUCUUCCCUUGUCAUAUUUUGGUUUUCUUGUUCUUGUUUUUGUGUUCUAUUUUUUCUUAGGACAGAUUGUCAAAAGAGCAUAUAUCAUGGUGUUCAAGAAAUGGUUGUAGCUACCUGGUUGUACUUGUAUAAGAUAUUUUGCACUGUUCCACACUGGUU